GUGCUGUCGCCGAGGAUGUUGCGAUGGUCGUUAAUGUUGUCGGCUUACGACUACGAGCUGGAGUACAGGCCUGCUCAUCAGCUCAGGAACGCGGAUGCACUGAGUCGACUGCCUCUAACUGUGGAAGACAGCUCAACUGACGAGAAACUUUUUGAAGUCCGGAUGCUGGAGACUGCGCCGGAGAUUCCGUGGGAUGCCCAGAAGAUUGCCCGAUGCACCCGGAACGACCCAACCUUGUCCAGAGUUCGACAUUGGACGGGGGUUGGAUGGCCUCAAGGCAGGCUGCCGGACGAGUUCAAGCCAUUUGUUCGACGGCAGCACGAGUUGUCGGAGUAUCGGGGAUGCCUGCUGUGGGGAUGUAGAGUCAUCAUUCCAGAGCAAGCGAGAGACCAGGUUUUGGAGCUGCUGCAUACCACGCAUCCCGGGAUCGUCCGCAUGAAGGCGCUUGCCAGAAGCACAGUUUGGUGGCCGGGUAUCGACCAAGAUAUCGAAAGGAAGGUCCGAAUCUGCCUGCCCUGCCAGGAGACAAGGCCGCAACCUGCACGUGCAAGACUGCAUCCGUGGGAAUUUGCCAGAAACCCAUGGUCCCGAAUCCACAUCGAUUUUGCAGGACCCUUCCAAGGAAGGGUUUUUCUUCUGGUGGUGGAUGCGCAUUCGAAAUGGCUGGAAGUCAUCCAGAUAGCAUCCAUGUCGUCAGCAGCAGUGUGUCAAAGGCUGCGAGUGCUGUUCGCAACACACGGUGUUCCCGACACUAUAGUCUCGGACAAUGGGACAGCGUUCGUCUCACAAGAAUUUGAAGAAUUUCUGCAGAGAAACCAGAUCCGGCACGUUAAGGUGGCGCCAUAUCAUCCAUCAUCAAAUGGCCAAGUGGAGCGCAUGGUCCAAGAAACUAAACAAGUCCUCAGGCGCAUGGAAGGAGGCGACAUGGCCACCAAGUUGGCCCGAUUUCUUUUGAGUCAGCAUAUUCUCCCGCACUCAACGACCGGAAAGAGUCCGGCGGAAUUGUUGAUGGGUCGGAGACUCCGUAGUGCACUGGACCGGCUUCACCCAGACCUACAAGCAGAGAUGGUGGACAAGCAAGAGGAACAAGCGCUGCGGGGAAGACAAGGUGUACGCGAAUUCGAGCCGCGAGAACCAGUCUUCAUCCGCAAUUAUUUAGCAGGCCCCAAGUGGCUACCCGGUAUCAUCACUGAGAUCACCGGUCCGGUGUCUUACAAGGUUCGCACCAUCGACGGUCGUUUCUGGAAGCGGCACGUGGACCAAAUCCGGAGACGGGAGUGGAGCACAUACCUGGACGAGGAGGAGCCUACGACAGAGCUGUCACCUCAGCAGCUCUCCUUACCAAGCGAGCCAUCGCUUAGGAAUGAAUCGGUGGAAGAGUGCCCACCAUCUACGAGUCAAGCGGACUUCCCUGAGGAGUCAACCCCAGUGGCAACACCUCCAGCUUCCCCACAGCGUUCACCUGCUUCACCCCAUGAACCGAGGCACCAAACAGUGUUGCCAACUUCAGCGCCUGCGCAAGAACAGUCAAAUCGUCCCCAGCGACAACGGCGACGUCCCGACUACCUAAAGGACUAUGUGACCUAGGGGGGAGGGAUGUUGUGUGUUGGCAACCGAGGAUA